CUGGACUGUGUGUACUUUGUGUGUACACGCUACGGCGUACACAACAGUAUGUACAUGUGAUGGAGGUGGGGUUUCCCCUCCCUCUGCCUUAUUUACUUAUACUUCCGGUUCCCCUCUUCCUCUUCCUCUCCCUCUUACUCUUCCUUCUAUCACUCAAACUUCCUCUGUUUCUGCUCCCAACUUUCAAUCAUCCAACCUUCACCGCACUACACUAUCGUCCGGUACGGCCAUCACAAUGAGGCUACGCAAUCAGGAUGACUUCCGG